AUGGAGAAUCUUAACUUAGCCCUUGUUUCUUCCCCUAAACCUCUGUUUCUGGGACAUUCCUCCUCAAAAAACGUCUUCACAAGAAGAAAGCCUUUCGCUUUUGGGACUUUUCGCGUUUCUGCUAACUCUUCAUCUUCUCAUGUCACCAGGGCUGCUUCUAAAUCUCACCAAAAUCUAAAAUCUGUGCAGGGGAAGGUCACUGUGCAUACUUUUGCUAGCAUUUCUUCUUCAAAUAGUCAGGAAACAACAUCAAUGUUGUCCUGUCGGGUGGAAGUUCAGUCUGAACUCCUGCAGCAAGUGUUGUUGUUUAUGUUACAGAAUAAGCAUUUGGGUAUGGUACAAGUUUGUGAGUUUUUAAAGCCCUUGCUGGAUUUUUCGAUCAUAAGAUUGUUAGGUUCUGAGUCACCCUCUUCUUCAUUUGGAUUGCAAUUGGUAUCGUCUAUGGCAUCAUUCUGUUGCUCGUGUCCGAGUGAGUCCAUGCCUGUUCUUAUGCUGCUAAUGGAGUGCCUUAAGUAUCUUCCACAUGAGACCUCUGAAGACUAUAGGAAAUUAGUAUUUGUUGUAGAACAUAUGGUGGAGGCGUAUAUAGUGGUACUUAAGUCUCUGGCCGGAGAGAAAUUGCUGAUUGCCGAGGUUCAACUACAUGCUGUUGAAUUCCUGGGAACAGUUCUGUCUCUGUUGACGUGUCUUCAGUGGCACUCUGGUGGUUAUGAGCCCAUAAUUGAACUCUCAAGGCGAUUGUGUUCUGUUCAGAAAGAUCUCGGUUUGCAAUGGGAGCCUGGUCUGUCAACGAUUAUGGCGUCAUUAUUUACAAUCCUUGUUCAAUCAGAACUUGAGCAUGAACAAAUUUCUAUAUCUAAACUCCUCCUCUUAAUCCUGAAGUGGAAAUACGAUAAGGAUGAUGCUAUUGCCACAAAUACGUCUUCUCCAUUUGAAGAGGUUUUGUUUCUACUUCCCUUUGUCAGCCUCAUGUCAUCUCCUUCUAAAUAUGUGAAAGCACUGGCUACUGAUUUGCUUCUCAUCUUGGAGAAGCUCCUUCUCAAGAUGCUGGUGGCCGUAAGACAUAAACCAAUCAUUGAUGAGGAAACUCAUUAUCUUAGCACACCUGGAAUUAUAGUGUUGAGACUUUUGCGACAUCUGUGGUAUCAGGAUGGAGAAUCUUCUUCCAGAAUUUCCCUUCUGAAUCUGGCUUUAAAGGGCACGCAUGAAAAUGAAGUAAUGCAUGAUAAACCAAUAUCAUGGGCUUCUCAUCUAAGAGGGUUCUGUUUGUCAAUUGUUGAGCGUCGGAAAUCUACAUCGCCUCUCUUGCUUCCUCAAGAAUUAUUCUUAACCGAGACACCCUUACUCAGUGCUGUUCUCAGUGUUUUGUUGAUACAUCCAUCGAUGGGGGCUGCUGCUGUUGACUCGCUGUCUUCCAUUGCCAUUAUGGAUCCCAAACUAGGAGUUCCUUUGUUGCUAGCAAUUAUGUUCUACACAAUGACUCCACUUGUAGUUCAAACAAUCUUGCCAAUGCUUAACAGAGAUGCAAAAGGCUCAUUGUAUGCUACGGGAACUCGAUUGCUGUGUCGAACUUGGGAGAUCAAUGAUAGAGCCUUUGGAAGUUUACAAGGUGUCUUGCUUCCAAAAGGUUUCACUGAUUUCACAUCAGACAGAGCUAUCUGUAUCAGUUUGGCUGCUUCAAUCCGAGAUGUUUGCCAUAAAAGCCCUGAUAGGGGUGUUGAUCUUAUCUUGACUGUUUCGUCUUGCAUUGAGUGUCAAGAUCCUAUAGUUAAAGCUCUCGGCUUGCAAAGCCUUGUCCACCUUUGUGAAGCAGAUGUGAUUGAUUUUUACACUGCAUGGGAUGUCAUUGCAAAGCACGUGCAAGGUUAUAAAGGUGAUCCUAUUAUUGCACAUAGCACUUGCCUUCUGCUAAGGUGGGGUGCAAUGGACGCAGAAGCAUAUCCAGAAGCAUCAAAGAGUGUGCUGUUAAAUCUUUGGGAUUUAGUUACCUCUAGCCAUGGCACAAAGUGGGAAAAAACAAAAAUUGCAGCCCUGGAGGCACUUAUUCAAUAUGAAGUGGCGCAACUUGAAAAAAAUGUUCCAGAUUUUAAGAAAAUGAAUUUGGAGCUAUUCUUUUCUGAGACAAGUCCCACAGUACUCAAGGUUAUGGAGGAUUUUCAUGUCAAGAUUAUAACAUAUGAACACAUGGAUUGGAAUCACCCGCUGAUGGUAGACGUUCAUCUGAGUCUAGCUACCGUAUUGGAGAUAAUGGAACUUCAGGGGGGACAAAUUAGACUUUGCUAUGAUCGAGAUAAUUAG